GUUUAGCGAAAUAGCUGCCAAAACAGUGAAGAAGGAAGAAGAGUCGCGUGCCAAGUCUGAAGUCUGUUCUCUGUUGGAUCACUGAUACUGUUUAAUCGCACAUAAGUUUUGAAACAGGAAUGGCUUCAAAGGCAGUAAGGUUGCUGGGUAGAUGCCUCCCAUUUUUCCCUGGAAAAUCAAUCCCGAAUGCAACAAGGGUACAAAUCAGACAGCUGGAAUUAGAUGAAAAUAUUAAUAUGUAUUUCCCAAAAGACACAACAUUUUUUGCCCACGACCCAGGCCAAGUGUGCAAGCCGGGUGAUAUUGUAUUAAUAUCAAGCCUGCCUAAGAAGCUCACUCCCCUUAUUGAACAUGAAGUCCUCAAAGUUGUUUAUCCAUUCGGUGACAUCACAGAUCCGAUCACGGGAAAGAAAGUCAUGAAUGAUAUGUACAGAGAGGACAUUGAAUACAUCAGUGAAAUGUACGGCAAGAACAAGAAAGGAUUUGAUUACGAAAAUGCACCGGAAAGAGGCUGGCAAGAGGACAAGAAGGAUUUCAGUCAUAAACAGAGCUACCGUCGGUUCCAAGUAUAUGAUAAAGAAGACAAGCAGCCCUAUGCAGUGGAUUACUGAUAAGUUGCUGAGCUGUGUAAGUGUAGACUGAAUAAAUAAUGCCAUUUUGACGUCAUUCUAGUUUAAAAGUUGCAUUAUUAUUAAUUAUUUUAAGCGGCGUCUAAAAUUAAUUAUAACUUUUAACUAGAACCAAAUAUCAGAAAGCGGAAUGUAGUAUUGACUAUGGGAAAAACUAAUAAUGAAAUUUAACAAAAUUGCACAAUGCCAAAAGGAAUUCUUCGUUAUGCUAUAAACUGAAAUUUUAAAGUAUUUCCUUUUAAUGAUAAAGCUUACUUAUUCGUAAGAUGUAUCAACUUACCGUCCUCGAGAGCGUUUGAUCUCUCCUAAGUCAAUAACAGAGUAGAAGUGCUGGACACUUGAGGGCAGGAACAACUGUACGACCAGUUCAACAAGACAGUUAUUGCUUUCUUAAUUUUUUUUAGAAGCUACAUGGUUUUCUUACUUCACAUGAAAUUAAGAAAACCGACUUCAUUAUUCAUUAGGUCAUUCAUUGAUUCGGCAUUCUUUUAGGUUGAAAAUUUUUGGCGUUAAAAUUUCUCCCUAUUUCGUGAGUAAGCCUAGGUAGGUUCCUAGAGAUCGAAAUUUUUUUUCUUGUUUAAUACCUACCUUCCACUUUUAUAAACACCAACUGAACUAUUCCUUUUGUUGCCACAAGGUUUUGGUCUUUUUUAUUUGUAAAAUUUUUCUUGUCUUAUGAUGAAAAAGAAAUUAACCUACAUUGGCCUUCAAAAUUCUGGACUUUGUAGUCUGUAACUCUCUCCUUAUGAGAAAUUUGGACUAAAAAUCGUGUCUGGAUUAUUAUCAAAUUAGAGAGAAAAAUUGAAUGGGAAACAGUUUCCUUGGUAAUUUAUUAAGUUAUAGACAGCACAAUCUCUUUCUCCAUUGACCUUAUUGAUUCUUAUGAAUAUAUUAACGUUUUAAAAGUGCUUUAAACCGACAUGGUAUCUAGCACAAUUAAACGUCAGGGUUUGAAAAGGUUAAAAAAGUAUGUUGUAAUUUUUCAUUAAUGUGAGUUUAUUAUAAUAUCUUGUCAGUAUUCAUAAUGAUACUCGUACUAUGAAUUGAGGCGACAAAUCGUGACAGUAAUAAAUUAAAUUUGAAACAAUCUUAAACAAUAGUGGUUCCUCGUCUGCAUGAGUAUAUCGGGUGUUUAAUCUUCCUAGGGGAGAGAAUGGAAAAUAACGUCGCUUUGUCAUCUUGUACACCAUGAAAGGAUCACAGAUGAAAGGAAACACAAAAUCGUCCAGACACACCGAAUACCUUAGAACUGUAAAAUACACUCCUUUGCAUCUCUGACAGUAAUUGAAACACAUCAUCAUUGGAUUAUACAAAAUGAAUAGUUUACCGCUAAAGGACUACAAAGAGCGAUUUAGAUGCUUCCGUAAAAAAUCUACUCGAGAACACAAUCAAUUAUACGUGUUAAUUAUAUGUACCGACUGUUUUUCUUUGUUUCCAUUCGUCAUCGCGCGCCUC